UCACAAACAAGUCGGUUGUCUUUUCGCUGGUGGAGGAGUGUAAUUCUUGGCCGCGCUUUUGUUUUUGUUGUUUGCGUGGCGUUGUGUUUAUAACAAUAACAACAAGUGACUAUCACUGGAAGAUAUGUUGUCUUCAAGUAGCUAAGCAUAUGGCUGGCUAAAAAACAAAAAAACACAAGGUUAGAACCCUUUCUUGGUCGAAAUACGAGACUGUCCUCCGGGGUUACUUCAUUUGGGCUGCUAUUUUGGCCACCUCCCAGUUCCUUCGAAAUGGUUCGGUGGAGCGCGCGGUCGCGGCGCCAAGCUCGUCAGGAUAAAGUGGAGCUAUUGGCCAGCAACAACAAAGUGAAUGGCGAGGACGAUACGUCCGAUAACGCCGCCUUUCGCAACUCGACUGACCUAUCCGACCACGAUGAGAUCUUCCUCAAGGGACUGCUGCGUAGUAACUCCAACACGCCCCACAAGGAACUGAUGCUGAAUCCGACCGAGCCGCAGCCAGUGCCACUAUUCCUGCCCGCUCAUCUGAACAACAAGCCCAUCUGCGACGACAUCAUCCGCAAGUUCUCACCCUCGAGGCGCCUGGAGUCGCGAGAGCUCGCUAAACUUCUCGCCCAGCCGCAUUUUCGUGCUCUUUUGCGCGCCCAUGAUGAGAUAGGAGCACUCUACGAGCAACGACUUAAAGCUGCCGGGGGAUCCACCAGCCAACUAGAGAUCGCCAGCCAACGCCAAUCGGGAGGCUACCUGUUCACCGAGGACGUCCUCAACACCAAGAUGCCAGUGGAGACCAUCAAGAUGGUGGGUCUGCGCCGAGAUCCCAGCAAGCCGCUCGGCCUGACCGUCGAACUGGACGAGUUCAAGCAGCUGGUGGUGGCCAGGAUUCUGGCGGGCGGGGUGAUCGACAAACAGAGCAUGCUGCACGUGGGCGAUGUCAUCCUGGAGGUGAACGGCACGCCCGUUCGCACUCCCGACGAGCUGCAGGUGGAGGUGUCGCGGGCCAAGGAGAAUCUCACCCUCAAGAUCGGGCCCAACGUGGACGAGGAGAUCAAGAGCGGGCGCUACACUGUGAGUGGGGGUCAGGUAAAACAGAAUGGCAUCGCGAGUCUCGAGACGGGCAAGAAACUGACGUGCUACAUGCGUGCACUCUUCACAUACAAUCCUUCCGAAGAUUCCUUGCUGCCGUGCAGGGAUAUUGGAUUGCCCUUCAAGUCGGGCGACAUUUUGCAGAUCAUCAACGUAAAGGAUCCCAACUGGUGGCAGGCCAAGAACAUUACUGCCGAAUCUGACAAGAUUGGACUCAUACCAUCCCAGGAGCUGGAGGAGCGGCGCAAAGCCUUUGUGGCCCCCGAGGCGGACUACGUUCACAAGAUUGGCAUUUGCGGAACAAGGAUCUCGAAGCGAAAGCGCAAGACCAUGUACCGAUCGGUGGCCAACUGCGAGUUCGACAAGGCGGAGCUGCUGCUCUAUGAGGAGGUCACGCGGAUGCCGCCGUUCCGCAGGAAAACCCUGGUUCUCAUCGGCGUUUCCGGGGUGGGAAGACGAACGCUCAAGAAUCGGCUGAUCAACAGCGAUGUGGACAAGUUCGGAGCGGUCAUUCCACAUACCAGUCGCCCCAAGCGCGCCUUGGAGGAGAACGGCAGUAGCUACUGGUUCAUGGACCGCGAGGAGAUGGAAGAGGCCGUGCGGAACAACGAGUUCCUGGAGUACGGCGAGCACAAUGGCAAUCUGUACGGCACCCAUUUGCAGUCCAUCAAGGACGUGAUCAACAGUGGGCGCAUGUGCAUCCUGGAUUGUGCCCCGAAUGCCCUGAAGAUCCUGCACAACAGCCAGGAACUGAUGCCUUUUGUCAUCUUCGUGGCAGCGCCGGGCAUGGAGCAGCUCAAGACCAUCUAUGCGGAUCGCAGGGCCACGGGCUCCAACCGGAAUUUAUCUUUUGAUCGCCAGAGUUCCAUAAGAUUCAGCUCCAGACGCGCCCGUACUCUCGAGUCCCUAGCGUCGCUGUAUGAGGACGACGACCUGGUCGCCACCGUCGAGGAGAGCAGCUUCGUCCAGCGCAAGUACGAGAAAUACUUCGACAUGGUCAUCGUGAACGAGGACUUCGAUGAGACGUUCCGUCAGGUGGUGGAGACGCUGGAUCAGAUGAGCCACGAGGAGCAGUGGGUGCCUGUCAACUGGAUCUACUAGAAUCGAGACUCCACCCAUAACCCUUUGCAAUUUCGCCUUCUUGCAUAUAGAAGAAUAUAUACUACAAAAAUCGAAUGCCUAUCAUCACAAUUAAAGGGAUAAUUCCAGUAAUUGGAGCUUAAACUCGCAACACAAUGCAAAUCUAGCGAAUAGCAUUUAAAACGCUACCGAUUUCAAUAUUUAUUGUUGAUUAGAUGUUUUGCUUGAGGAAUGUAUAAUGCGUUUUCUUAACUAUGUUUAUCUCAAUUACUGUUAUUUUCCUCUUUAAAUAUAAAUCAUGUAUAUAUGCAAUGUUUGUAUAAGUUGAAAUGCGCCCUCCGUUUACAAUUCAGUUUUCCUUAAGUAUAAGCCUAAUUUUACGAAACGAAUUCGUCCAUUUUACCAUCUCUUGUUUUAUUUUUACAAAUAAUGAAUGAUGUCAACGCAUAUCUCUUCGGUUUAUUAUUUUAACGAAUCUCCUCAGUACAACAACCUUCUGCCAAUAUUUUCGUGUAGUUUUAGAUUUGUUUGAAUAAAAUGUGUAAGUUUAACGAAUUAGUUAAAUGUAUUGAUGUGAAGUAAAACAAACGAAAUACGAAUAAAUUUGGCUCAAAGAAA